AGCAGGGUUUUAUAACUCAGCCUUUGAAUAAAUUGUGUAUGUGUGUGUUUCAAAAUUUUCUAUUUUUUAGACUCGGCCAACAAAAAAAAGUAACCAGAUAAAAUGUCGGCCAUUGGAAGGCGAAAGGUGGCAAUGUCCCCACAGGAAUUGCUCAAGAUACUCGUCCUCUCCGGCGACGAGGACCUGGACAAGCAGAUUCGCUUCUGGGUGCUGUGGGAUCGCAAUGAGGCGACACUCAACCAGGUAACUGGGGCAGUGAAGGAACAAGACUGGGAUGCUUUACGCAUAAGGCUGUGCAGUAGGAUUCAGUACCUCAGAACUGGAAUGCGAGGUGGCAUGCGGGCCGGCUUCGAUUCCAUCAACGAUGUCGUGAUCAUCGGGGCGGCCCAGGGCAUUUGUGCCUAUAUUAUAGACUUCUAUCCCAGCAUCCAGAAGCGCACCGAGCAGGGCGUGGUCGUGGGCUACGAUGGACGGUACAAUAGCAAGCGAUUCGCCCACCUUAUAGCCACCGUCUUCCUGAACAAUGACUUUAAGGUGUACCUAUUUAGUCGCAUGGUUCCCACACCGUUUAUACCUUUUACGAUUGUGACGCUCAAGUGUCUGGCGGGGAUCAUAGUCACCGCUUCGCACAAUCAAAAGGAGGACAAUGGCUUGAAGGUGUACUGGACGAAUGGGGCCCAGGUAAUGGAGCCGCAUGAUCAGCGAAUUAAUGAAUAUAUAGGUAACCACAUGGAGCCGAAACCCUCGUCCUGGGAACUGACCAUGCUGGAUGGACAUCCUUUGCUGGAGGAUCCCUAUCGCCUCAUCUUUCCGCAGUUUUAUGAGGCUCUAAAGAAGCUCAUUCCGUCGGUUUACCUGGAGAGCAACGAGUGCAGCCAGCUGAGGUUUGUCUACACACCGCUCCAUGGAGUGGGCUUUACCUUCAUGCGGGAGGCCUUCUACCAGGCCAGGCUGAAGCCCUUGAUACCCGUGCCCGAGCAAAAGGAUGUGGAUCCGGAGUUUCCUACUCUCCCAAAGCCAAAUCCGGAGGCUGGUAGGGAUGCCCUGAAGUUGGGCAUCAAGAAGGCCGAGCAGGAGCACUGCACUUUGAUCCUGGCCAACGAUCCGGAUGGAGAUCGCCUGGCUGUGGCGGAGCUGGAUCCUCGGGGACGCUGGAAGCUGUUCAAUGGCAACGAACUGGCCGCCUUGCUGGGCUGGUGGGCUCUGGACAGCUACAAGGUGCGGGUGGCCAAGCCACAGGUGUCCAACUGCAUUAUGAUUGGCACUCUGAUCAGUUCCCGUAUCCUGGCCUCCAUGGCCCGUGUCGAGGGCUUCGUUUAUGUGGAGGGCAUACCCAGCUUUCCCUGGAUAGCUAAUCGAGCCCUGGAGCUGGAGAAAUCUGGUCGGACGGUGCUCUUUGGCUUCGAGGAUUGCUUUGGCUAUAUGUUCGGCAUGACUUUGCCGGACAAGGAUGGCAUUGGACCCGCCAUGCAGCUGGCCUCGAUGGCUUGUCACUUGAGGAGCAGCCGGAAUAUCACCUUGAUUGAGAAACUGCGUGAGAUCUAUGAAGUCUAUGGCUUUCACUCCACGCUGUCCUUGUUCCUGGAGGCGGAGUCUAAGGAGGUGAUUGAUGAUAUUUUUGAGAAUAUAAGAAACUCCAACCCGGAUGGGGGCUAUCCCAAGUCCAUACUCGACGGCGAGUUCGAGGUGGUGCAUAUCCGGGACUUGACCACUGGGCUGGAUACCUCUUUCCCUGAUCGAAAGGCCAGGAUGCCCGUGGAUGAAUCGAUUCACAUGAUCACCUUUACUUUUACUAAUGGUUAUAUGGUCACCCUGAGAACGGAGGCCAAUGCCCAUAUACCAAAGAUAAAGAUCAAUGCCGAUAUAGCAGGUCUGCCGGAGGAGAAGGACUGGGAGGAUCUGCAGGAUAAGCUAAACAAGAUGACCAAUGCGGUGAUUCAGGAGUUCCUACAGCCCGAGGAGUAUGCUUUGAUUGAUCCACGACGGACGUCUGACUAGGUUUUGGUUAUUUUAGAGAUAUUAAAGGAACUCUGGAGAUAUUUCUAUUAAA